CGAGUGCGACGCUCAUCGCUCGAUUGUGCUCUCGCCCACUGUCACUCGCGGUCCAAUUUUUUUCCCCUUCCCACCGAGUCUUCCUGUUUGGUUCUCCGUCCGCCGUUAGCUAGCUGCCGCCGCUGGAGGUAGCUAUGCUUUCGCUUUAGUGCGACAGCAUUACGUCAUUUUACGAAUCGUUUUAUAUGUCGUUUUUAUUUUCGCCUCGCGUAAACUCCUUUCCCCCACAGCCAGAGGACGUUUUAAGUUAUCGUUGUUGUUGUUUUUUUUCUUCCGUCGCCGGGUUCACGUCAGCCGAGUUGCUCUCUUUCUUGUGCUUUUUUUUGGACGAGCUCCAGGGCUGACAAAAGCCUGGCCGUCACAUGUUGGGCGCCACGCAGCCCGUGAAGUGUUUCUCACCCCCGACCGUCUUUGUUGGAAGUGUUCAAGUUUGACUAGGGGAGGGCUGACGGUUAUUCGUGGAGCCUCUCGCGCUGGGAGGAAGGAGGAAGGAGUCCGGGGCGCGCGGAGGAGGACCCCGCCGAACAAGCACCACCACCACCACCACCACCGGCUUGCCUGGAGGAAGACAAAACUCCACAGUGGGAUGGCCAACGAACCGAUCAUCCUAAACGUCUACGAUAUGUACUGGAUCAACGAGUUCACCAGCACGCUUGGCAUCGGCGUCUUCCACUCAGGAAUCGAGAUCUACGGCCGAGAGUUUGCCUAUGGGGGACACCCGUACCCCUUCUCAGGAAUCUUUGAAAUCACGCCGGGUGACGCCACCGAGCUCGGCGACACUUUUAAAUUCAAAGAAGCCAUCGUCCUAGGCAGCACCGACUUCACCGAGGACGACGUGGAGCACAUCGUGGAGGAAAUGGGCAAGGAGUACAAAGGCAACGCCUACCACCUCAUGCACAAGAACUGCAACCAUUUUUCCUCGGCGCUCUCAGAGAUCCUGUGCGGCCGCGAGAUUCCGCGCUGGGUGAACCGCCUGGCCUACUUCAGUUCGUGCGUGCCCUUCCUGCAGAGCUGCCUGCCCAAAGAGUGGCUGACGCCGGCCGCCCUGCAGUCCAGCGUCAGCCAGGAGCUGCACGCCGGCGGCAGCGAGCCGGAGGAGGCGGAGGACGCCGUCGCCUCCGCCUCGCUGGCGGCCGUGGCGCCGUCCUCGUCCCGCCACCAACCACGUCGGUAGAAAAGCGGUGCCCACUGUAGGACGUUUCACCCUGACGUCACACGUACUUCCGGGUGGCACAAGCAUUAACAAAAUGUUUAUUCUACGUUCCCGGUGGCCACGGCAGCUCGGUUCACACGAAAUGUGGGACUUUGGCCACUUUUUUGGUCCACAUUCAAGUCUUAUGUUUUCUCACGGUGGCUGCUGAGGUUGGCCUCGCGCUUUGCCACGUAUGCCGGGGUGUUCCCUCCUGGCCGCUCACGUUCUGAUGGGGUCCCUCGCGUCAGAUAAUGUGGCAAAAGGGGACGAAAUGACGUAUCAAACAGACAGAACGUGACAAAACGUGAAAAGACCGUGAGAUGUCAUGGGAAUGCAUAUGCUUCCCCUUCCCAUGUUUUGUGACGCCCACAAUCACAUUUUGUCGCGUUCAUCCUGUUUUACUACGGCUGACUAGAGUUCUCAUCCGCGCCGUGACCUUCGUUGCCCGCCACAAACAUAAUGUGACUGUCAUUUUGAGGCAAGAGACGAUUGAGCAAACAGGCUCAAUGGCUUGACUGAUGAUUUCCGCCUUCCUGCUGUAGUUUAAAUGUGUGACGCGCCAGUCAAAAAGAUGUCACGAGAUAAAUUACUUACAAAGGAGACACUGCCCGUAAUUUACAUUUCAACAGAAAAAUUGAUUCCAAAAUAAGACGGGAUGGAAGUUCAAUCUUAAUUUAAUCUGUGAGGGACCGGCUAAUUAAUUUCCGAAGAUGGAAAUAAAAGAGCUGUUUGGGGUUGUUAACACCCAUCUUAACACCAUUAAGAUGUUAGCUAGCACGCUAUCCAUGAUGUUGUGCUGAAUUACUGAGACGACCCAAUGCCACAUUUUAUACCGUAGCUGUGAGGAAAUGUCUGUCCCUUUUGGAAGUGGCUAUUAGGCAAUCGUCUCUACAAAUAUUUACGACCUCCCAUUUAUCCUCACCCACAGGCGCCGCUGGACUAUUUUCUUUUUUAGGAAAUGGGGGUAUAUCUGGCGGCGUUUCUGUCAUGGUUUCAGUUCACGUCACCAGCAGUCAAUCACUUUUUUGCCACCCAGAAGUACCGUGCCGCCUAUUGUUUACAAGCAUUAUGAAAUGGUCUAUUUCCCGUCUUAACCCUCACCAGCCAUAAAUGGACUCGACCAGCUGGUUGACUGGUGCUUCUGCCUGUUGCAGGUAACCCGAGCCAAACGUCCUCACGUGGACCUUGUUGAUGAUGAUGAUUAUGAUUAUUAUUCUUUUUUUUAAGACUGAAUGUUCCUUUAUUUACAUUUUUUUGUCAUUUCGAGGAAGGAAAGUGACUUUCUUAGUAGCAACAACCUGCCGUGGUGCCUUCGAGCUGGCUCACCAGGUAGAGCAACCCAACUUUUUUGUGAUUUUUAAAAAAACAUUUUUUUUUUUUUGUUUGUUUUUUAACCGAGCACAGCAACGCCUCUGACGUCUGAUUCAGGUAUUCAGAGACUCUUAAAUGGAUGAGAAUGCACAGCCUUUUCCUCCUUUACUACAAAUGUCUCUUUUGUAUUUCUCUGGUCUGUUUCUUUGACAAACUCAGGACCCCAAAUAGUCUUUGGUCAUCAUUUUGAAAUAUCUUCGAUUAAAAAAAAAAAAGAAAAAAUCUAUCAGUUUUUUUUUGCUUUUUGAUGCAGUCAUCACUAUGCCGCAUGAACACAGGUUGGCAAUUUUCUAUGGAAAUUAAAUAGAGAAUACAGCUUU